GUAAUUAUAACAUGUCAAAUAAUAUAAUAUGAAAUUUUCAAUUUGGUAAAAAAGAUAGUGUAUGGGAAAAAUAGAAAAUUUUAAUAAGUGUAUAAACUGAUAUAUCCUGGAAUUUUAUCAAAUAAUUAUUUGUGUGAUUAAGACUGCAAUUUUCUAGAGACAAAGAAUUUACACAAAUGGAUCGUAUAAUUUUAAGACGGGUCAAAAGUGCACCUAGCCAAAGCACAGACAAUGGGAGUGAUAAGAAAAAAGAGAAUGAAUUCAAAACUCCUUCAGUUCCUAGGCAAAAAACUAGAGGAACAAAAAGAUCUGCUAAAGAAAUGGUUAUCCAUCUACAAAACGGAUCAGGUAAAUUUCCAGCUUUAGCUGGAAUUAAGAAGCAGAAAAUAUCUGACAUACCAAAAACAAAAAUAGAUACAAAAAAGAAGACUGAGAAAAUAGAUAUUUUUAGUUCUCUGCAACAAAUAAAAGAACAAAACUUAGAUUUACGGCCACAAAAACAAACGAUAAAGGCAAAUAUUUGUGAAAGUUUUAACAAGCAUAUAGAUUUUGUGGUUAGUACAAGUAAUGGUACUGCAGAGAUUGAUAACCAAAUGUUAAUGACGCUAUAUAAAGAAGCAGCUGGACUUAACCAUAUUGGCAAUACAAAUAAAAUUAACGUAGAACAAUUGGUGAAACUAUUAAAUUUAUUGGAAGCAAACAUUAAAAUAGGAACGCAAAUAACACCUCCCUUUAAUAAAAAUAUUCAGCUAUUUCGACGAUCAAUAGAGAAAGUACUAGCAACCACAGAUGCUUGUUUGAUCUGCAUGUACAUAAUGACUUCUAAAAACAUGCCAAAACGUGUAUAUUUGGAAGAACUUAUACAUCGAGUCAUGAAUUGCAUAAAUCAUAUUAUUGCAAAUACAAUUCUCCCCGCAAUCGAUCCAACGUAUACAGCAGAGAACAAAACGAAAGAAAACUGUCAAAAUUCUAAGGUUACUUAUGAAAAGAGUUUUAUUCUCUUAACUGUAAAAAUAACCGAAUUAGUGUACUUAAUAGCAGAAUUAAUCGAUGUCUUGACGUUAGAUGAGACGGCUAUCUCUCUUGUCUUCUCCAUAGGUACUGCUACGUUUUGGGCAAAGAACGUACAGAAUUUACAAAUAGCUAAUUUGAAUCUUGUCACUAAGCUAUUUAAAACAUAUAAAACACACCAAACAGACUUUUUGAACAAUAUUUUAUCUUCUCUUAUGCUUGUUCCCACUACCAAACAACAUUUAAAAACGUAUAUAUUAAAGGAUGGAACAAAUAUAUCAAUAGUGAGCGCCUUGGUUUUGCAGCUUAUACAAUCCAUGAUUACUUUACCAGAUAAUAUUUUUCAGAAAAAUACCAAGACCAAAACCAAAGACAAGGUCGAUAUUAGCACUCUCAUUUGCACUAAAUACCAAGAAACGACCUUUAUGGCAGGUGCUUUUCUUACAAUCUUCUUUCAAAGAUGCUUUAAAAAGCAAAAGAAUACGGACCAUCGUUCUUUAUUCGAAAAUUUCGUACAAGAUCUGUUUUUGGUUAGAAAUAAUCCAGAAUUUCCAGGUGCUGAUCUAAUGCUAUGUUUGUUAGGAAAGAUGUUGGUAAAAAUCUUUCUAAACAAAGAUGACGAAAUCGCUCUCAGAGUAGUUAGUUUGGAUUGUUUGACUAUAAUAGCAGCUAAAUUGAGAAAAGACAAUGUCUUGUUUACGGCUGAAAAAGCUAAUAUCAGUAAUACGAUCUUUAAAAUAAAGCGGAACGAACAAAACAGCAGUCAAAAAGAAGCGGAAAAAAGUAAGAUUGACGUCGACGUACUUAGUAAUGAUGACAAAUUCCUUCAAAGACUUUUACUGGAAUUUCUAGACGUAAAUAGCCAACAGACUUGGAUCUACAAAAAUGCAAGAUUAUUCUACUUAGUUCAGUGGUACAAAGAUUUUGCAUCAAAAGAAUCUCAGCUGGGUUUAGAUCACAAAGAAAAAAGUGAUACUAAAAAACGUAACCAGAAAUACAAAAGUAGCUCCAAAGCAAAGAGUAAAUCUAACGAUAACGAAAACGUUCAACAAGGAGAUCCAGAAAUCACUCGACAAAUCGCUGAAAAAGAGAAGUUUCUUUUAGAAAAAAUCCAAGAGAGUCUUUCUCCAGAGUUCCAACAUCAAGUGUAUGAAUACCAAAUUGAGUAUAACGAAGCAAAAAUGAUUGUUGCGCUUUUAGCUUCCAAGAGAUAUUUUUCCCAAAGCUUUGACCAAUAUUUCAAUGCGAUUUUGAUCGUUUUAAAAGAUGCUUCGAAAGUUUUAAGAACCAAAGGCUUAAAAUGCCUUACCACCAUCAUUGAAACCGAUCCAACGGUCCUGGAAAGUAACGAUACUCAAUUGAUGAUAAGCAAGUCUUUCAUCGAUCCUUCCGCUUCAGUAAGAGAAGCUGUCGUGGAUCUGUUGGUCAAGUUUAUCUUAUACAAACCAGAGUUAAUAACUAAAUGCUAUGACAUGUUAUCUGCUCGAAUAUUAGAUACAGGAAUAAACAUUAGAAAACGUGUGAUCAAGAUUUUAAACGAAAUUUGCCUGGACUAUCCCGAUUUUGAGAAAAAUACUGAAAUUUGUGUAAAAAUAAUUCGAAGGAUCAACGAUGAAGAUAGUGUUAAAGAGUUGGUGUUAAAAAUAUUUCAAAACAUGUGGUUUACUUGUGCCUCCGGUUCAAAACUAUUUAAAAAAGUUACUAGGAUUGUUGAAGUUGUUGCUGCUUCCCAAGAUUUAGAAAAUUUUGAGCAAUUAUUAUUCGAGUUAUUGACACCAUCAGAUGGCAAAUAUAAUUCCUCAAAAUCAAAAUUUGAUCAUCCUAACGAAAUUUUACGAGCUUCUCGCCAAAUAGUCGAUUUCCUGAUGGAACCUACCCUUCGUAGUCCCAAUAAACACAACUAUGAAUCACCUGAAAAACUUGCAGCUAUCUUAAAAACUCUACACAUAUUUGCUAAAGUAAGACCUCAGCUUCUAGUUCGACACGUGACUAAGCUUCAAAGUUAUUUGGAACUACAAGAGGAAUCUCCCAAAGAUAACGGGACUGUAGGAAGCGUUAUCGCUAUGCUAGAAUUAGCAAUUCCUUUAUCGGAAAAUCCCAGCGAUAUAUUUUUAGCACAGCUAGAAGAACAAAUCAUGAAGCUGCUGCUACGGUACGACAGAACGAUUGUUAACAGCUGUUUGUCUUGUUUAGCAGUGAUUUGCAACAAAAUUACUCACAAGUAUGAUGCCAUCAGAGACUGCUUUACUAAGUUUUAUAAUUGUCUGGUGGGAUAUACAAAUUGGCAAAGUAAUGGCUUGUCUACUGAAGAACAUGCGAUAUGUAAAGCUGUAAUCAAAAGGUCUUUGUUCAUUGUUGGACUUCUGUUGAAGUAUUUUGACUUUAAAGAUCCAGAAGUAUUGGGAGAACUAGCGCCUGAUACCACGGACCAAGUUUACCGAACCAUGUUAUGUUUUCUCCAAAAAGAUAGUAUUGAUAUACAGGUGAAUACACUGAAAGCAAUUGGUAUUAUUUGUAGCAGAUAUUACCAGUUUUUGUGGGAAAACCAACUACUGAAAACAUUUUAUUAUGAACAACUAGCUUCCAAAGAAGCUUCAUUACUUAUAAGGGUUGAGAUAUUAAACAAUAUCGAAAACUUUUUGAAAGAGGAGGACAUUAGGUUGAUAGAAGACAAUAAAAAUUGGCACAAAAUAUCCAAGAAAACAGACUUGAAGCAAAUGGAUGAUGUCUCAUCAGGUAUAGCCAGCAUGGUCAUUCAGUAUUAUCUCAAAGUAAUCCUCAACUGCUACGUACACGAUAGCCUGCAGAUUCGUCAAGCUGUUUUCAGAGUUGUACAUAUGAUUUUACGACAAGGUUUAGUGCACCCUAUACACAUUGUUCCCUAUUUGAUCUGUAUGAGUACAGACUGUGAACAGAUGGUGGCCCUUAAUGCAGAUAAAAGCUUAAACGAAAUUGAAAAUAGAUAUCCAGGAUUGAUACACACGGGAUCAACUUUGGGUAUUCAAUUGUCGUUUCAACUGCAGAAAAUUUUGAAACAAGAAAAAGUUGUAAGAGGUUUCAAGGUGAAAGAGAAAGAAGAAUAUCCUGUAGCUUUAAACGGACAUCUUUAUUCACUACUGAGAGGUUCCAGACAGCAGAGACGAGCCUUAAUACUAUUUAGUUUGAAAGAGUUCGAGGAACCUACAGAACUUGCCUUAUCGUACAUGAUUUAUCUAGCUGAUAAUAUGGCUUAUUUUCCCUACCAAGUACAAGAUGAACCCUUAUUUUUGGUUCACUAUAUUGAUAUUAAGAUCGUACUCUUCGGAACGAACUUGGUGCAAAACUUUAAGAACGGACUAAAUUCUGUCAAGAAACAAACAAAAAAUAAAAAUUCUGAUGAGAGAACGGAUGAUCUCACCGGUGUUGAUAUUGAUGAAGAAGAGGAGGAUGAAAAAACUAUCUUAAGUCGUCUGCCAAAGGAUACAAGCCAGCUACAGGCUUGUAUGUCUACUGCUCAAGGAUGGUUGCUUCUUCUUGAUCUAAAACAGUACAUCGUGGAUGUAUAUGGUCUUAGUCACGAAGACAGUCAACUAUAUUCUCCGUCAGCAGCUGCCAAAGUAUACGAAAAACCAGUACAACGCAAAUCAAAUAUCAUGUUUGAUCCAAAAAUUACGUUGGAGAAAUUGAAAGAAAUUUGUUUAGGUAAACAACUUAAAGCGAAAAACAAAACUACCCUCGUUAGAGAAUAUAUAGAUUUUAGUAGGUUAGUUAAUUCUAUUUAAAUUGAAAUUGUGUACUUCGAUAAUUUUACUUUCGAUUUUAAUGUUAAAGUUAAGUUUACAAAAAAUUAAAAAUUUCGUUUCAAUACUUUUUAAAAAAUAACUGUUAUAUACUAAUUGCUUCAAAUUUGUGUUUAGCAAUUUAAAUUUAGUUACAAAACGGUUACAAAUAGAAAAAUAUUCGGUAGUCACUAAGAUACAUUACUGUACUGUUAGAAUUUUUUGAAAUAUUUUGGUAUUUUGUUUAAUAAAAGUUUUUCUA